CAGCCGCGUGGGCGGCUGGCAGAGCGAGGGAAGGACCCACAGAGAGGAAGGAGAAACUGGGAGAGCCGGGAAGAGAGAAAGUGAGAAGGGACAUCUGAGAGAAGAGGAAACAGCAGAGGUGGAGGGCCACGGCGGGGAGAGAGAGAACGAGAAAGAGAUUGAGUGUAAGGGAGAGAGAGAGAGACAAGGCGAGACAGAGAGGGAGAGCGAGCGAGAACGGGAUGGAGACUUAAAGAAGAGACUCCAUGAGUCCCAGAAAAAGAUUUGGACAGAAAGGGAAAGAGUGGGAGAGAAAGUGAUAUGGGGGUGGGGGUGCCUCAGAGGAGAGAAUGAGUAAGAGAGAGACUGGGAGAGACAGAGAUUAGAGAGUGAGAGAGACAGAAGGUGAGACUGUAUAAGAGGAAGGGAGAGCGUGAGAGGAAGACACACCAUCAGAGACAAAGAGACAGAAAGGGUGUGAAUGAGCAGGUGAGAACUGUGGGCUCUGAGAGGCAGCCCCUAAGGGGCAGAGGGGGAGGGGGACUGUGCCUGGGUGUCCCAGCAUCCACGCUGCCCUCUUGUGCUCUCUGUCCUUGGGACUCCAGAGCUGCCUCCUCCGACCUGCAAGCCCCUGACCCCGUCUCUGUCCCCAGCCGGGUCAUCUGCAGAGAGGCACACACAGCCCCCUUUUUUCCCUCCCCGAGCCCUUGAUGGAGGAAGGCAGACCUCGGAGUAGCCUCAGCCUGGCCAGCAGCGCCUCUACCAUCUCCUCACUGGGCAGCCUGAGCACCAAGAAGUCCACCCGGGCGGUGAGCAAGGUGCAUGCCUUCGGGAAGAGGGCCAAUGCGCUCAGAAGGGAUCCCAACCUCCCUGUGCACAUCCGCGGCUGGCUUCAUAAGCAGGACAGCUCCGGGCUCCGGCUCUGGAAACGCCGCUGGUUCGUCCUCUCUGGCCAUUGCCUCUUCUAUUACAAGGACAGCCGCGAGGAGAGCGUCCUGGGAAGCGUCCUCCUCCCCAGCUACAGUAUCAGGCCAGAUGGGCCAGGAGCCCCCCGAGGGCGGCGCUUCACCUUCACUGCGGAGCACCCGGGCAUGAGGACGUACGUUCUGGCGGCUGACACGCUGGAGGACCUUCGGGGCUGGCUACGGGCGCUGGGCCGGGCCUCCCGCGCGGAGGGGGACGAUAGUGGGCAACCCCGGUCAUCUGCACGUCCCCAGACUGGGGAGGGCCCUGGCGGUCCCGGUGGUCCUCCAGAGGUGAGCAGAGGGGAAGAAGCGCGCGGCUCAGAAUCACCGGAGGUGGCUCGGCUUUCCAGAGGUCGUGGCCGGCUGCUCACUCCCAGCCCCACGGCUGACCUCCAAUCUGGACCCCGGAUUCGGAGGACGAGGAGCCCAGACCUGUUCACACCCCUCUCUCGCCCUCCCUCCCCUCUGAGCCUCCCCAGGCCCCGUUCUGCUCCUGCACGCAGACCCCCUCCCUCCUCUGGAGAUACAGCACCUUCUGCCAGACCCCAUACCCCCCUGAGUCGCAUUGAUGUCCGGCCUCCCCUGGAUUGGGGCUCCCAGCGCCAGACUCUCUCCAGGCCCCCCACUCCCCGCCGAGGACCCUCCUCCGAGGCUGGGGGAGGAAGGCCGCCCAGGAGUCCUCAGCACUGGAGUCAUGAGGCCAGAACACCGUACUCUUCUCAGGCCCCGUCUGGUUCCUCCACAUAUCUCCAGCUCCCUCCGCGGCCUCCUGGGACCCGGGCUUCCAUGGUUUUAUUGCCGGGUCCCCCUCUAGACUCAAGCUUCCAUCAAAGCUUGGAGACGGAUCUCCUGUCCUCCUUUCUCCAGACUCUAUUGACCAAGUUGUGUGGGCAGGACCGGCUCCUGAGGAGGCUGCAGGAGGAGAUAGAUCAGAGGCAGGAGGAGAAGGAGCAGCUAGAAGCAGCCCUGGAGUUGACCCGACAGCAGCUGGGCCAGACAAGCAGGGAAGCUGCAGCUCCUGGGAGGGCUUGGGGACGCCAGCGCCUCCUGCAGGACCGACUAGUCAGUGUGAGGGCCACUCUUUGUCACCUGACCCAGGAGCGAGAGCGGGUUUGGGACACAUACAGCGGCCUGGAGCAGGAGCUGGGCACCUUGAGAGAGACCCUUGAGUAUCUGCUGCACCUCGGGUCCCCCCAGGACAGAGCAUCUGCUCAACAGCAACUGUGGAUGGUGGAAGACACACUGGCGGGUCUGGGGGGGCCCCAGAAACCACCCCCCCACACUGAGCCUGACUCCCCAUCCCCUGCACUUCAAGUCGAGGAGUCCUCAGAGAGGGAGAGCCUGCCUGAGUCCUUAGAACUGAGCUCACCGCAGUCCCCCGAGGCUGACUGGGGUCGACCGCCAGGCGGGGACAGAGAGCUCACCAGCCCUCGCUCAGGUCUUGGAUCUCCAAGGGUCUCCCGGGCUUCCAGCCCUGAGGGUCGCCGCCCUGCUUCCCCACGGCCAGGAACCAAGGUCCCCCUGGCCCGGCCCCGGAUGAGUGCCCAGGAGCAGUUGGAGAGAAUGCGGAGAAACCAGGAGUGUGGACGGCCUCUCCCUCGCCCAGCCUCCCCCCGGCUCCUCACCCUGGGGAGGACACUGUCCCCAGCCAGACGCCAGCCUGACCUGGAACAAAAACCUGUCCUGGGACACUCAGGAGCCCAGAAAUGGCUCAGAAGCUCCGGGUCCUGGAGCAGUCCAAGGAACACUAUCCCUUAUUUGCCGACAUCCGAAGGGCACCGGGAGCGAGUUCUCAGCCUCUCUCAAGCCCUGGCCACUGAGGCGUCGCAGUGGCACAGAAUGAUGACAGGUGGAAAUUUGGACUCUCGAGGAGACCCUCUUCCCCCUGCCCCGCCGCCUCCGGCAGACCCCAUGCCCCAGGUGUCCUCACCCCCAAGAUCUCCUCCAGCGAGCAAUUCCCGCUCCACCGGGUUCUCCCACAGAGGUAGUGGGCGCGGGACAGGCCCCGCCACAUGGGAGCCGACCUGGGAUUCCGGGGCCGCCCCUCCGGCCCUAACCCAGGAUGAGGGGGCGUGGCCUCUGCGAGUCACACUGCUGCAGUCCAGCUUCUGACCCGCCCAAACGUGGCAGCCAAUCAGAGAGUGAGGGCGUGGCCUGCGGUACCUUUCGGAGUUUUGGAGCCUCUCCUGGAACCUGGGGGUGUGAUCUGGUCCCCUCUGGUGGCCUAGAAGGGGAGUGGUUUCUAUUGCCUAAGCUUGGGUUUCCCAACACUUGUCCAAAUUUGGAUUAAAACUUUUAGUCGAUAA